GAGACACCGGGUCUGCUUCCAGUUAGAAACAGGCGGUGGUUGCUAUUGGUGGUUCCGGUGGUUGCUGUUCUGGUUUGGGCGUGGUGGCAUCAUGGAGCACAUCCGCACCACGAAGGUUGAACAGGUAAAGUUACUGGACCGAUUCAGCACCAACAUCAAGUCACAAACAGGAACUCUUUACCUUACUGCAACUCACUUGUUGUUUAUAGAUUCCAGCCAGAAAGAGACAUGGAUAUUACACCAUCAUAUUGCUGCGGUGGAGAAACUGGCUUUGACUACUACUGGCUGCCCCUUAGUGAUUCAGUGCAAGAACUUCAGAAUAGUUCACUUCAUUGUUCCCAGAGAAAGAGACUGCCAUGAUAUUUAUAACUCUUUGCUUCAGCUGUCAAAACCAGCAAGGUACGACGAAUUAUAUGCCUUUUCAUAUAAUCCGAAGCAAAACGAGGAAGAGAGGGUGCGAGGCUGGCAAAUCAUUGACCUGACAGAAGAAUAUGGUCGGAUGGGUGUGCCUAACUCCGAAUGGCAAUUAUCAGAUGCAAACCACGAGUAUAAGAUUUGUGAGACAUAUCCUAGAGACCUUUAUGUUCCCAGGAGUGCAAGCAAGCCCAUAAUUGUUGGCAGUUCUAAAUUCCGAAGCAAAGGAAGGUUUCCUGUGCUCUCAUAUUAUCAUAAAGCUAAUGAGGCUGCCAUUUGCAGAUGUAGUCAGCCUCUCUCAGGAUUCAGUGCCAGAUGUCUGGAGGAUGAACACAUGUUGCAAGCAAUAAGUAAAGCUAAUCCCAAUAACCACUAUAUGUAUGUCAUGGACACCAGACCAAAACUGAAUGCAAUGGCGAAUAGAGCAGCAGGUAAAGGCUAUGAAAAUGAAGAUAAUUAUUCCAACAUUAGAUUCCAAUUUGUUGGUAUUGAAAAUAUCCAUGUAAUGAGAUCAAGCCUGCAAAAGCUUCUGGAAGUUUGUGGAACAAGAGGCCUCUCAGUCAAUGAUUUUCUCUCAGGCUUGGAGAGCUCUGGAUGGCUGAGACACAUCAAAGCAGUGUUGGAUGCUGGUAUCUUCUUAGCUAAAGCUGUAGCUUUUGAGAGCGCAAGUGUAUUAGUACAUUGCUCUGAUGGCUGGGACAGGACAUCUCAGGUCUGUUCCUUGGGUUCUCUAUUAUUGGAUCCCUUUUACAGAACAAUUAAAGGAUUCAUGGUUUUGGUGGAAAAAGACUGGAUUGCUUUUGGACAUAAAUUUUCAGAUAGAUGUGGACAACUGGAUGGUGACCCAAAGGAAAUAUCCCCAGUGUUUGCCCAAUUUUUAGAAUGCGCCUGGCACCUGACAGAGCAGUUUCCACAGGCCUUUGAGUACAAUGAAGCUUUUCUCCUUCAGAUCCAUGAGCACAUCCAUUCAUGCCAGUUUGGAAACUUCAUUGGAAACUGCCAAAAAGAACGAGAAGAACUCAAAUUGAAAGAGAAGGCUUUUUCCCUGUGGCCUUUUCUUUUGGAUGACCGCAGGAAAUACCUAAAUCCAAUCUACAAUGAACAUUUUUCACAGUCACUUUCAGUUCUGGAGCCGGAUACAGCCGCCUUUAAUUUUAAGUUUUGGAGAAACAUGUAUCAUCAGUUUGAUCACACAAUGCAUCCCCGGCAAUCUAUACUGAGCCAUGUGAUGAGCCUGAGUGAGCAAAAUAAACAACUGGAGAAAGAUAUUAAAGAAUUGGAAAAUAAAUUGGGCCACCAUUUACGCAAGGAUUUGGAUGCUGUCUUUGCGAAGGAGUCUGUCUGUCCCGUGUCACCAGGAGUUAAAACCUCACUCUGCUUUAAGAAGGAGCAGCCUCUCUUACAUGAGAAUGACUGCAUUCGGACAAUAGAGGGCUCCAACACAGCAGACAAUCGAUACAUGGAGUACAUGGAAGAGUUCUCCAAAACAGAGCCUAGUGUUGUCAGCCUGGAAUAUGGAGUGGCAAGAAUGACCUGUUAAAUGUCACACAAAGCAGUUCUGCUUUUCUGAAAAGAUUGAAGUUCAGGACAGGGCAUUGUGAGUCUGAUCUCUUGGAAUGCAACCAAAAACUAAUGUGUGCAAUGGAGAGCUUCAUUAACGUAGACUAGAGUGCACAUUAGUUUUGAAAAUGUCAUCCUUGUAAGAGGUAAUUGAAUUUAACAAUGUUGAAAAAAGGAUAUGAAGACCUUAGGAAACCUUUUGUGGGGAAUUGGGGGAAUGAAAACCGAACAUCACAAUAAAUUAUAGCUACACUAGCUUAUUCCAAAGGUUCACCGGUUUUGGUCCCUAUGGAGCCACAGUUAAAGUAAACCCAUUGAAAUUAGUGAGAUUUAAACAAGCCAAGAUUUCAGUGAAUCAACUAACAUUUGACUAUGUCUAAUUCACCCAGUGUGAUCAUUGCCAAACAGUAAAUGAUAUUUGAAUGUUUGCUUUUAGAAUACAGACAAUUUACUGGGAUCAAUGAACAUCUGUAUAUAAAUGUAAAGUGGGUGUGUAUUCCUGUUUAAUCUAUUGCCUGUUACAGUAUUUUCAGUGAUAUCUACAUCAUUAAUUAGUAUCAAGGUAGUAAGAACAAUAUUCAAAUAUAUGUGUUCUCAUGUUUUGAGAGCAGCUCAUUUAGAAUAUCUAAAAUAUGCUUAGUGACUUCUUUAAAUUAUUCUCUUUCAAAACAAUACCAUGAGGUUCAUGUCAACAGUUAUGGAGUAUUAAUUUCUUGUAAUCAGUUUUAACCCAUUACAAAAGUAAGAAACCUUUUCUCUCUCUCUCUCUCUCUUUACUUUAUGAUAAAGCUCUAGUUAGAAAGGAAAGUUUUUAAAAAAGAAAUAUUUCCUACCUGGUUAAUAAGUUAAAAUGGCAGCCCCAAGGCUGUGUACCUUCCAUAUACUUCUGUCCAACUAAUGGAAGCACAGUUCAGUUGAUAAAAUGGGUAAACUAGGUGUGUCACAUUUAUUUCAGGAUUGGAGUACCCAUUUCCAAGAAUAGGCUAUAUUUCAGAGUGGUCAUAUUUUUAGUCUUCUUCCAAUUAUGUAUAAAGUAACUUGAGCAUCCAGUGAAAUACAAAGUAAAAGAACCGUCCCUUUUUGAUUGGAUACAUUUGCGGUUUACUCUAGGAUUUUAAUCUGUUUUGUAAAUCUGCUUUAAAAGGUGCAGCUUAAUUUGAAAUAAAAAGCUUGUUUUUCAAUCAGUAGGAUUAUCACAUUAAUGUAUUAGGUGAAUAAAUGCGAAUUACUAAUCAAGUAGCCAUUUUUGGGUAAAGGCUAAGAACAAACUAAACUUUGGUUUACAAGCUAAGAUGACUGUAGAAUCUCGGAUGUUUUGAAAAUGUGUUAAUGUUGACAUUUACUAUCCAGGGCAGUAUCCAAAGUCACAGGAAGCAGAUCUCCAGUUAAGCAGAAUGCUUAGAUAAAAGGAUACACUGUGUAUUUGUGUGAGUAAAUCGGUGCGUUCCCAAUAUCUUUGUUUUUACUUCACCAGGAAAAAUAAUGGAUUUGCUUUAGUGGGAUCCUGUCUCUGUUUGCUUUCUCCCAAUUUGUUUUUAUUGUUCCAAUGAAGAAAAGAAAAUGAAUAUUGAAAGCUGAUAUGGUAAACAUUCAUGCCUUGGGGAUAUCAAACAUCCCAGGUGGUAUAAUAGGUAAUUUGUACCUGAGGGACCAAAUGCUUAUUACACACACAAUGAAAAUUAGUUUAGCUUUGCAGUAAUCACUGAAAGCUGUGUGAACAAUACUGCCAUCAGGCUACAUAAAACCUCACACAGUUGGCUGUCUCAUUCUAUCUUGGUUGAGAUCCAGUCACACUAAUAACAGGUGAGGAGAAUCUUACCUGGAACACUUCAAGGGUCACAUGAAGGAGGAAUAAGUGGAAAAAAUAUGCUUUUUGAUAUUGAUGACAGACCUAUUUAACUACAAAAAUUGAUUAAAUGGGGAAAACGGAAUCUCAUUUACCUAAGAUAUAUGGUGCAUUCUCAUGUAUUCUGUCUAUUUAGGCAUUGGGCAGAUUUUGUAGAGCAGUAAUUUUGAAAAAUAUUAGGACAGAGAAAUGUGGACCUCUAAUUGUUUUUCUCUCUAGUUUCUUCCUAUAAAUUAAUAAUUGCUUGUUAUAGGAUAUACUGAAAGAUCAAGCAUUGUAUUACAAAUUAUUUCUUGCAACUGUCUAAUUAAAAAAAUACUUAUGUGUAGCUACAUUGCUGAACAGUUAUAAAAGUGACUUCUUGAAUCAUCUUGAAUAGUAGAAAUGCAGGUCUUUGGAUAUUUCAUGUCUCAUGUAAAAUUAUCUGCCUAUAUUUGUUUUACAUUCCACUUUUCCAUCAGUAACUGAAGAUAUGCAUAGUGCUCCCUAUUUCCCUCCACAACAACCCUGUGAAAUAGGUUGGGUUGAGAGAAAGUUUCUGAACCAAAAUCACCCUUUGAUAGCUGAGGUGGGUCAGAAUUACCUCAGCCUAACAUCUCAACAUUACAUCCUCCCUCCUUCGCUCCCCGUCCUACUGAGGAUAUAGGAUGCAACAUAAACCUUGUGAGGAAUAAGACUAGCAAAUGUAGUCCACAAAACAACGUAUGCUAGGAUACCUUAGAGUAUGACAGGAUAUCCUCCACCUGAGUAUUCUUAAUGAAUGUAAAUGUGGAAUGACUGAUCUAGCAAAAUGUGUAACUUACACAUUAGAUCCAGAUGACUGGAACCUAGCUGUGUGACAGUUUUUUUAAAAAAGAGAAUCAAAAAAUUACAGGCUACUCAGCUUCAUGUCUGUCAAAUUAUAGAAAUGAUUAUUAAAUAAUGAAUAAGUCUGCCCACAGCUUUACUAAGAGAAAAUCAGUAUAAAUGGCAGUGAUUACAUAAAUUCUGUACUUGGCUUUUCAGGAGUCUAACAAGGUUCCUUACCUAAAACUGUGAAGAAGAGUUAGUGGCAGGCUGCGAAUUAGCUAAAAAGGAGAAAGUGGAGAGUAGGGAUAAAUAUUGUUCAUGUAUGUAAGAAGUGGAGUCGUUUAAGGAUCUGUACUGAAACUAAUGCUUUUUAACUUAUUCAUAAAUGAUCUUGACUUAUACCAAGUAGUACUUAUGUCAAAUGUGGAUAACUCUGUUUAUGAUGGUGGUGAAUAAAAAAAAUCUGUUUAAAUUGGA